CGUCACUACCAACUCAACCGCGAAUUUCCACACGUGUACGAGAUUUAUCCGGAAGUCUCUAAACGGCACCCGUUGCAACCUCCUAAACCCCGCUUUCAUUUGGACUUAUUUACACCCCACGCCCCUCCUUCCACUCUUCGCAUCCAAAACUCCUCACUUUCCCUCACUUUUCUGUAAAGAAUCCCGAGAAACAAACAGGAGAGGUCGCUAAGGAUUUCAAGUUCAUAGCAAGAUGUGGAACCAAGCGUACCGGAAGACUGACGUGGAGGCCGGAGGAGGACCGAGUCCGCUCUACCCGAUGAUGCUUGAGAGCCCCGAGCUCCGGUGGUCCUUCAUUCGCAAAAUCUACUCGAUCAUAGCCAUCCAAUUGCUCGUCACCAUCGCCGUCGCCGCCGCUGUCGUUUCGUACCGUCCCGUCGCUCAUUUCUUUGUCAGCACCAGUGCCGGCCUUGCCCUCUACAUCGUCCUCAUCAUCUUGCCCUUCAUCGUGCUGUGCCCGUUGUACUAUUACCACCAGAAGCACCCGGUCAAUUACCUUCUGCUUGGAGUUUUCACCAUCUCUCUUGCCUUUAUAGUCGGCUUGACUUGUGCGUUUACUAGCGGGAAGGUCAUUUUGGAGUCUGUGAUUCUGACGGCUGUGGUUGUGCUUGGUCUCACCUUAUACACAUUUUGGGCUGCAAAGAGAGGCCACGAUUUCAACUUCCUGGGACCCUUUUUGUCUGGAGCUAUACUGAUCCUAAUUGUCUUUGCCUUGAUUCAGGUUUUCUUCCCCCUUGGUAAGAUCUCUGUGAUGAUAUAUGGGUGCUUGGCUUCGAUCAUAUUUUGUGGCUACAUUGUGUAUGACACCGACAAUCUGAUUAAACGCUACUCCUACGACGAGUAUAUUUGGGCUGCAGUGUCCUUGUAUCUGGAUAUCAUCAACCUUUUCCUCGCUCUGCUCACUGUUUUCAGAGCUGCUGAUAGUUGAGAACUUGGCUGCUUAAUGUCUGUUCCCCCAUGUAAUUAUCAUUGAAGUCGUUAUGGUUUUCGAGUAAUUGUGAAUGUCUUAAAAUAACUAAACUCUUAUCAUUUUACACUGAUGAAUAGUUGAUUCUCAUGGAAGAUUUUUUGUGCUUGGGAGUA